CCACUGCCUGCCGGCUGCGGACGCCUGCGAGCAGGUUGUUGUUUUUAUAAGAGGCGUCAUUGGCGCCCGAGCUGCGACCGCUGUUGGUGGGGCAGCCUGCGCAGUCCGGCGGAGGUGGCGCUGCCCCUUCAGACCUGAAAAAUGUCUGAAAAUUCCAGUGACAGUGAUUCAUCUUGUGGUUGGACAGUCAUCAAUCAUGAGGGGUCCGAUGUAGAAAUGGUGAAUUCUGUGACAGCCACUGACAGCUGUGAGCCCACCCAAGAAUGUUCAUCUUUAGAGCAAGGGGAGCAGAUAGAGCAGGGAGAAAGCAGCCAAAAUGGCACAGUGUUUAUGGAAGAAACUGCUUAUCCAGCUUUGGAGGAAACCAGCUCAACAGCUGAGGCAGAGGAAGAAAAGACAGCUGAAGACAGUAUCUAUAUUGGGACUGCCAGUGAUGAUUCUGAUAUUGUUACCCUUGAGCCACCCAAGUUAGAAGAAAUUGGAAGUCAAGAAGUUAUCACUGUUGAAGAAGCACAGAGUUCAGAAGACUUUAACAUGGGCUCUUCCUCUAGCAGCCAGUAUGCAUUCUGUCAGCCAGAAACUGAAAGGUGGUGGGAGAAGCUGUGGAAGAUUCCUGAAUGCAUAUGGGGAUGGGAUGAUCAGCUGAAACACCAUGUUCCCAGCCAGCUCACUUUCCAAGUAUUUUCAUCUCAGCCUAGUGACGAUGAAUCAAGUAGUGAUGAAACCAGUAAUCAGCCCAGUCCUGCCUUUAGACGACGCCGUGCUAGGAAGAAGACUGUUUCUACUUCAGAAUCUGAAGAACAGCCACUUGCUGAACAAGAAACCAAACCUUCUAAGGAGUUGAGUAAACGUCAGUUCAGUAGUGGUCUCAAUAAGUGUGUUAUACUUGCUUUGGUGAUUGCAGUCAGCAUGGGAUUUGGACAUUUCUAUGGCACAAUUCAGAUUCAGAAGCGUCAACAGUUAGUCAGAAAGAUACAUGAAGAUGAACUACAUGAUAUGAAGGAUUAUCUUUCCCAGUGUCAACAGGAACAAGAACCUUUCAUAGAUUAUAAGUCAUUGAAAGAAAACCUUGCAAGGUGUUGGACCCUUACGGAAGCAGAGAAGAUGUCCUUUGAAACUCAGAAAACUAACCUUGCUACAGAAAAUCAGUAUUUAAGAAUAUCUCUGGAGAAGGAAGAAAAGGCCUUGUCUUCAUUACAGGAAGAGUUAAACAAACUAAGAGAACAGAUUAGAAUAUUGGAAGAUAAAGGGACAAGUACUGAAUUAGUUAAAGAAAAUCAGAAACUUAAGCAGCAUUUAGAAGAAGAAAAGCAGAAAAAAUACAGCUUUCUUAGUCAAAGAGAGACUCUGUUGGCAGAAGCAAAGAUGCUGAAGAGAGAACUGGAGAGAGAACGACUAUUAACUACAGCUUUAAGGGGGGAACUCCAUCAGCUAAGUGGUACUCAGUUACAUGGCAAGUCAGAUUCUCCCAAUGUAUUUACUGAAAAAAAGGAAAUGGCAGUCUUACGGGAAAGACUCACUGAGCUGGAACGGAAGCUAACCUUUGAACAGCAGCGUUCUGAUUUGUGGGAAAGAUUGUAUGUUGAGGCAAAAGAUCAAAAUGGAAAGCAAGAAACUGAUGGAAAAAAGAAAGGGAGCAGAGGAAACCACAGGGCUAAAAAUAAGUCAAAGGAAACAUUUUUGGGUUCAGUUAAGGACACAUUUGAUGCCAUGAAGAAUUCUACCAAGGAGUUUGUGAGGCAUCAUAAAGAGAAAAUUAAGCAGGCUAAAGAAGCUGUGAAGGAAAAUCUGAAAAAAUUCUCAGAUUCAGUUAAAUCUACUUUCAGACAUUUUAAAGAUACCACCAAGAACAUCUUCGAUGAAAAGGGUAAUAAAAGAUUUGGUGCCACAAAAGAAGCAUCCGAAAAACCGAGAACAGUUUUUAGUGACUAUUUACAUCCGCAGUAUAAGGCACCUACAGAAAACCAGAAUAAUAGAGGCCCUACUAUGCAAAAUGAUGGAAGGAAAGAAAAGCCAGUUCACUUUGAAGAAUUCAGAAAAAAUACAAAUUCACAGAAAUGCAGUCGUGGGCAUGAUUGUAGAGAAAAUUCUCAUUCUUUCAGAAAGGCUUGUUCUGGUGUAUUUGAUUGUGCGCGACAAGAAUCCAUGAGCCUUUUUAACACAGUGGUGAAUCCUAUAAAGAUAGAUGAAUUUAGACAGAUAAUUCAAAGGUACAUGUUAAAAGAACUGGAUACUUUUUAUCACUGGCAAGAAUUUGAUCAGUUCAUCAAUAAGUUUUUCCCAAAUGGUGUCUUUAUACAUGAUCAGAAGCUCUUCACUGACUUUGUUAAUGAUGUUAAAGAUUAUCUUAGAAACAUGAAGGAAUAUCAAGUAGAUAAUGAUGGAGUAUUUGAGAAGUUGGAUGAAUAUAUAUAUAGACACUUCUUUGGUCACACUUUUUCCCCUCCAUAUGGACCCAGUCGACCUGAUAAAAAGCAACGUAUGGUAAAUAUUGAAAACUCCAGGCAUCGAAAACAAGAGCAGAAGCACCUUCAGCCACAGCCUUAUAAAAGGGAAGGUAAAUGGCAUAAAUAUGGUCGCACUAAUGGAAGACAAAUGGCAAAUCUUGAAAUAGAAUUGGGGCAAUUGCCUUUUGAUCCUAAAUACUGAUUCACAAUUGAGUUAAGCUAGACAACUAUAAGAGAAACAUGUAUGCUUUGUACAAUGUUUGGUAUUGGAACUAACGAAAUUAUCAAGAUGACAAUGUCUUUUUUUGUUUCUAAGUCUCAGUUUGAUAACUUUAUAUUAUUACUCAGAAGCAUUAGUUAAAAGCCUACUAACCUGCAUUUUCCUGUAGUUUAGCUUUGUUGAAUUCUUUUUGACACUGGAAAUGUUCAACAGUAGUUUUACUAAGGAAGCCAGGCAUGUAACAGAUUUUGUGCAUGAAUUGAGACUUCCUUUCAGUGUAAGAGCUUAAAGCAAGCUCAAAUCAUACAUGACAAAGUAUAAUUAACACUGAUGUUUGUGUGUUAAAUUUGCAGUAGAGCUUGAGAAAAGUACAUUGUGCUGGAAUUUCAUCUUUAACAUUUUAUAAUCUUACACUUGCUUCUUGUCUUUAUGUGGGUUCAAGAGCCCACUGACUUUUGAAGAAUUUGCUGCCCUCUUAAGAGCUUGCUGACUUGUUUUGUGAAAUUUUUUGAACAUCUGAAUAUUGUGGAAGAAACAAUAAAACUACACCAUGAGGAAAACUGAAGGUCUUUAUUUAAAAUCUGGCAUUGUAUUAACGUGAUUUUCUACUACGUAGUAUUUUAUACAUUUCCUCAGUAGUGAUAUUUGGUAAAGCAGUUCAUAUAGUUUUUCCUAAGUUCCAUGAAUCUUACCCAGUGUUUACUGAAAUAUUGAAGCCGCAUCUGAGUAUUUCCACCCAGCAAUGUUAGUUUAUCUCAGAAAGUUCAGAAUUUCAUCUUGUUGAAUUUCCCUGUUAACUUCCGUUCAUAGACAUAUACAUGACUUCCAAUUCGACCCUCCGGCAAGUGAGUGUGGAAGAAAACAGCAGUUCUGUUAUAACUGCUUGAUGUUAGGAAAGCACUUAUUUCCUAGAAGCAAAUAAAUGUUUAAGUAAAUAAAGGCUAUGUUUUGCUGAA